UAAAAUACUAGCAAUUUUCAGAUUGACAGAAUAACAGUUUCUCUAUACAAAUCAUCGUUCUUCAACUUCAACCUCUUGGUCCUCUUCUUCCUUUGGAACUCGAGAGGGGCAAGACCGCUGGAAAUUCUGGAGGUGUGCCUAAAAUUCAUUCAUUUAAGCUUGGCUAAAUUUGAGUUGUUUGCUCACAGAUUAGACGAUAAUGCCACACAAAACUCGACCUAUGACGGCACUCUUGGUCUUCACUGGGGUAAAUGCUCUCUUGCUUCCAACACUUGGGCCUGUUUAUGAUUUCGUUUGCUUCCUCCCAUACUGGGAAAGAAGGAGAGAACUUCGGCGCCAAGAACGUGAAGCAGCGUCUACCGGAACUGUUGGAUCAUCUUAGUCAAUAAGUUAGAACAACUUUAGAGGAUAACUUGGCCUUGUGAGUAUUCUUGUCUUCUUUUGUCAUCACCCUCUCUGUGGAGUCGAUAUCAUCAUAUCAUAUGUCCUGAUAAACAUUACCCGAGUUCUGUGGAUCGAAAAGGGCAUUCCCAUCGAGUAGAGAUUGUGGGUUGUGGAUAGCACCAUGCAGAAUGAGGUGACAAUAUAUGGCUGAAUUUAUUUAAAUGUAGUAGUAUCACUAAGUAAACUGGUUCCAACUCUCUGCUACCUGAUUUUACAUCUCAGUGUUAGUUAUGUUUGUUGGUACAUACUAUAUUUUAAAAAUACUUUGGUUAUUAUUCGUA